AUGGCGGCCAGACAUAGAGAUAAGAAAAACAAAAAUACGAUAGAAACACAGGUAGACAUUCACUCACUCUCCUCUAAUCUCUCCUAUAACAAAGAAAGUGCAGAUACUCAAGCACUGGUAUCCAGUAUAACUGAAGCACUUUCCCCAAGAUUUGAAUCUCUCAAACUUGAGAUUAAACAAGACAUCGUAUCUCUCACUAAUGAAAUUCGACAAUUUGCAAAUAGACUUCAAGAAGCUGAACAAAGAGUAGAGACCCAAAAGGAGCUUAAACUUCAGGCAAGACUUUAUCGCUAUGGCAAUAAAGCUGGAAAGUUAUUGGCUAAUUUGAUGAAAAAAGAAAAAAGAUCUCCAUUAAUAGAUAAGCUUCUGCAUAAGAAGAAAACUCACACAAAUGUAGAUGAUAUCUCUAACAUAUUUUUAGAAUACUUCAAAGAGAUCUACUCUUUAAGGGAUGCAGAUAAAACUAAAUCAGAUGAAUUCUGGAGCAAAAUUACCCACCCGGUACUUGACGGUGAAAAAAUGUUAAUGGUUAACUCCCCAAUUUCUCAGGAAGAAAUUCUAAAGAUGAUUCAGGAUCUUCCAUCAAACAAGGCUCCUGGUCCGGAUGCAUUACCAAAUGAAUUUUAUAAAAUUCUUGCACCAUUCGUUGUUUCACCGUUAAGUUCUCUUGUGACAUUAAUCUGCCCAUCCCGACAGGUGGUCUGUCAAAUUGUGAGCGGGAUUGACCUAUCCAUUUCAGUCUAUGAGAAUUUUACCUUUGAUCCACUUUUGCUUUCCCCUUCAAAAAGAAAUUAUGAAUUCAUCCUUGGGCUGCUGCUGGCCAUAUUUUCCAGUUUGCUGAUAGGCAGUAGUGUUAUUCUGAAAAAGAAAGGGCUGCUUCGUUUGUGCAACCAGGGGAAGACACGAGCAGGAGCUGGUGGAUAUGGAUAUUUGAAAGACUGGAUAUGGUGGGCUGGCCUUUUGACAAUGGGAGGAGGCGAAGCUGCCAACUUUGCUGCCUAUGCAUUUGCACCAGCAACAGUUGUAACCCCUCUGGGGGCUCUGAGCGUUCUUAUCAGUGCAGUGUUGUCAUCCUAUUUUUUGGGAGAACGUCUGAACCUCUUGGGAAAGCUCGGCUGUACCCUCAGUGUUCUGGGCAGCACCAUAAUGGUAAUCCACUCUCCAGAGGAACAGGAGGUUAACACCUUGGCGGAAAUGACCCUCAAGCUACAAGAUCCAGGUUUCAUAGCCUACAUCAGCCUCCUCCUCAUCUGCUGCCUGGUACUCAUCUUCUUCCUUGCCCCUCGCUUAGGGCGCACAAAUAUCUUAAUCUUCUUGUCCAUCUGCUCCCUCUUGGGUGCUUUGUCAGUGUCUUCUGUAAAAGGUUUAGGCAUCGCCGUGAAGAACCUGAUUAAUGGGGAACAUAUUCUUCAGCACCCUCUGCCCUGGAUUCUCAUACCUAUCCUGGUUGUAUCGGUGGUAACACAGGUCAAUUACCUAAACAAAUCGCUGGAUGUGUUUAACACAUCUUUGGUUUUUCCAAUUUACUAUGUGCUGUUUACUACAGUGGUCAUUGCUACCUCCCUGAUACUGUUUAAAGAGUGGGUGUCUAUGUCCCCUUCGGAUGGUGUGGGUGCAGUGUGUGGAUUUAUCAUAAUUAUCCUUGGUGUGUUUAUGCUACAUGCUUUCAAAGAUCUGGACAUUAACCUUCAGAGCCUUCAGCAAAAACUUCAGAGCCAAGCACCACUCCCUCUUCCCAGAAGAGAUGACAAGAUCAUUUUAAUAGACCAUAUGGAAGUUGAGAGCAUGGACAGUAAACCCAAAGUAUUUGUAAUCUACACUUAGACGUAACACUGGACUCAAACUGGAUUCUGCACUGAUGGUUGGUUUUGCUCAACAACUGACUACUUUUGUAAGUUGGCGAAGUAGCCAGAUAACUACACCUCAUCUGGAUAAAUUAUUGCAACUUUUCAUGAUGGCUUUAUUUUUUGCUAUAGCUGCACUACUCCACUGGUUAAUUGUAUUCACAUUCCAAAAAAAUGCAUUGGGUUGACAGAAUGUAAAUACA